ACUGUUUAUAGCAGUAAAGAUGGCCGCCGCAGUGCUCUGUUUACGGCAGUAAAGAUGGCCGCCAUCUCUGAUGGAUUGUAAAGUUUCUGAGAGAGACGGCACAAUCAGCAGCUAGUCGGCAGAUGAAGGAAGCUGAUAAAAGCUAACAGCUAACAAUAACGGCCUUUAGUGGAGCAUUGUCUGCAGUUUCUGAGCCGGUUUUGACCCGGUUCUGUUUGGAUGUGAACUUAGACAAGGAGCGGUCAGUUGGGAUGUGAUGCGUUCACUGACUCAGACUCCUUUCAUCUCUUCAUUAUCAGAGUUGACGUUGCCUCUCUAAUGAACGGACGUCUUUAUAAAACUGACAGAGCUGGAGGUCUGUCGCCACUCUGUCCAGUAAAUCAAGAGGAAGGAAGAAAACUCUGACUGAUGGAAAAUUUCACCUUCAACAGCCUCACUCUGCAGAUGGAAGGGAUAAAAGUGACUCCAAUGUCGAUGUACCCUCUCUUUUUCUUCUUCCUUUCCAUCUAUCUGUUCAUACUGAUAUCUAAUGUGGGCAUUAUAAUCAUGAUUUGCAUGGACAGAAGCCUCCAUCAGCCCAUGUACCUGCUCUUCUGUAACCUGUCGUUUAACGAUGUUCUUGGUAACUCGUACAUGGUGCCCCGCCUGAUGUCGGACAUCUUGCUGCCGCCGGCUGAGCGCCUCAUUGGUUACUAUGAGUGUGUUGUUCAGGCUUUCUGUUCACACAUUUUUGGCACUGCUUCCCACACGGUGCUGAUGAUCAUGGCCUUUGACAGAUAUGUCGCCAUCUGUAAUCCGCUGCGUUACUCUGUGAUAAUGACCAACAGGAUGGUGAUGAAGCUGACCGUCUCUGCCUGGGGGUCGGCCUUGGUUCUGGUGGGGAUUCUGCUGGGCCUGACGGUCCGGCUGAGCCGCUGCAGGACUCUGAUCACCAACCCGUACUGUGACAACGCCUCACUGUUCAAGCUGUCCUGCGAGAGCGUGGUGAUCAAUAACAUCUACGGCCUGACCUUCACCGUGGUUCUGUUGACCUCCUCCAUCGGCAGCAUCGUCUUCACCUACACCCGGAUCACCAUGGUCUGUCUAACCAGCAGGAACAAGUCUAUAAACACUAAAGCCCUGAAGACCUGCAGCACACACCUCUUCGUCUACAUGAUCAUGUUUGUAUGUGGAAAGUUUAACAUCGUGGUCCAUCGCUUCCCUCAGUUCGUAGACCAAAGGAAGCUGGUAGCCAUCUUGUUCCACAUCGUCCCUGGAAGCCUGAACCCCGUCAUCUACGGAGCUCAGUCCAAAGAGAUCAAGAAAUUCCUGUCCAUGUUGUUCCGGUCCAGAAAGGUUCUGUCAUCAUAAUGAUGGAUAUCCAAACACCGUUCUAAUUCUGUUUUCAAACAUUUCUUAUGUUUACUUUAUAUUUUCCGUAUUUAGAUGUUUUAAACAUCUGAUCCAGACAAUAAUUAAAAUCUUCUGCUGUCAUUGCACCUAACUGAAUUUUGUUCAUAAAUAUUCAUGUAUAAGUCUUUGAAAAUACUAAUAUGAAAUUAUGUUUUAGUUCAAAAGCUAAUUUAUUUUCUUUGAAAUACAAAAAAGUUAUGUAGAAAAUGUGAUUUCAAAAUAAAGUUCCUAAUUAAUGAACACAAAACAAAGGAACAGUUCUUGUUCUCUGAUUCAUUAACAGAAAGUUCAUGAAAGGUAAUAUUUUUAAUCAACUUGUCUUUUAAUUGCUUUAUUGUCUUCGUUUUUUGGAUUAACUGACUAUGGUGUCAUGUGUCCCUGAAGUAGU